UUUCAAAACAACACACAACUCAUUAUUCGCACCAAAGAGAAAGAAGCAUAAAACAACAGCCCUCAUCAUCACAAUAAAUUCUAAUUGACUUAAGUUUCUUUUCAAGUGAAAAAGAAGAGAAAAAUGGAGUCAAUGAAGAUGAAGCUUAUGGUGGUGUUGAUGGUGGCUAUUGUGGCUUUCUCCGCAGUAGGAAAGGCGUCAGCGCAGACCGAGGCUCCGGCUCCAAGUCCUACAUCCGAUGCUGCUGCUAUGUUCGUCCCAGCAUUGUUUGCAUCUGUUGCUGCUUUGGCAUCUGGCUUUCUCUUCUAAACCAAAAACCUCUACAUUCCAUAGAGUUUAUAGGUUUUUUUUUUUCUUUAAAAUUGUUUUUGCCUGUUUAUUUGAUCGCCACGAGCUUCAUGUUAUUGUUUCUAAUAUUAUUUGGACUACCAUAAUAGUAUUUUUAUAAGUUUUAAUUUAACCUUCGGGUUUUUUAUUGUAAUUGCUUUGGUGUUUGUGCGUGCAUAUGUUUUGAUAAUUAAUACGAUAUCUGUUUAUGGAUUGA